AUGGGGGGAGGGUACAACGAUGGCAAGGGCUCCCGGAAGGGGGGUGGCUACUCUGCGUCCAGCAGAGGAGGCAAGGGUGGCGAUCGGCGCAGUGUACCCAAGUUCAUACCUGCACGGGGCGGUGGCGACUGGGGCAAGAAGCUGCGACAAGAGCAGCAGGCGGCCAUCAAGGACGAGAAGACAAAGCGCGAGGUGGAUUACUUCUGGCAGCAGCAGGAGUACUUCAGCGGCGGUGGAAAAGGGCGGAAAGGCAAAGGCUACCAGGAAACCGCGGAGCAGCUCUUUGGGGCGCAGCGCGAGAACGUGGGCAUCGACUUCGACAAGUACGAUGACAUCCCGGUUGACCUGUCGGGACAGGGUGCUGAGGAGAUCGAGGGCCUGGAGUGCUUCGACGAGCUGUGGGAUCGGUUUUACAUCCACGACUUCCUCUGGGACAACCUGGAGAGAUGCCACUACCGUAAGCCCACUCCGAUCCAGAAGUUCGCAGUGCCCGCAGCGUUGGCGGGGAAGGAUUGCAUGUGCUGUGCCCAGACGGGUUCAGGCAAGACCUGCGCCUUCCUUUUGCCCAUCCUCAGCUGCCUGGACCUCGCGCAGGCCGCGGGCGCAGUAGGCACCAGCCAUGGCGAGCCCUCAGCACCGAAGGCGGUCAUCUUGGCGCCGACGCGGGAGCUUUGCUCCCAAAUCCACUUGGAGGCCAAGAAGCUGUCUUUCAAAUCUCCGGUGCGGGCUGGUGAGGUCUACGGAGGUGUGGACGCCAAGCCUCAGCUGCUGGAUCUAGCGCGAGGCGUCGACAUCGUGACGGCCACGCCUGGCCGCCUCACAGACUUCAUCGACCGCGGGGUCAUUACCAUGUGCAAUGUGGGCUUCCUGGUGCUGGACGAGGCCGAUCGCAUGCUGGACAUGGGCUUCGAGCCGCAGAUCCGCGAGAUCGUGCAGAAGCGGGAUAUGCCUUCCUGCAGGGAGGCGCGGGUGAAUUUGGGCUCAGAGGUUCAACAGGGGCGUAUGACGCUGAUGUUCUCCGCGACCUUCCCCAAGGAGAUCCAGAAGCUCGCGCAGGCCUUUAUGAGGAGCUACAUCUGGAUUGGUGUCGGCCGCGUCGGUGGAGCGGUUGACACGGUGGAGCAGACCUUCAUCGUCACCGGCAACCGAGGCAAGCCUGACGUCUUGACCCAGGUCCUCAACACCAACCCCACGGAUUCGACCCUGAUCUUCGUGGCCAUGAAGCGCACAGCUGCCUGGUUGGAGGGGCACCUGACGCGCCUCGGCUACAACGCCGCGGCCAUCCAUGGAGACAUGGAGCAGAGAGAGCGCGAGCAGUCUCUGUCAACGUUCAAGAGUGGGAAGAGCACCUUCCUGGUGGCCACCGAUGUGGCGGCACGCGGUCUCGACAUUCCUAAGGUUUCACACGUCAUCAACUACGACUUGCCGCAAAACAUCGACUCCUAUGUCCACCGGAUCGGCCGGACCGGGCGCAUUGGGAACCACGGCUGGGCCACCAGUUUCUACGUCCCAGCACAUGACGGCACGCAUUCCAACGCCAACGUCGCCAAAGGCCGGCAGUUGGGGUCUGGGGCCUCUAUCGAAAGCAAAAAACCCUGCUUCGUGGGUCUUCCCGGUUUCUUGAGCCAGAAGUUUCCAGUCUCUGCAUCACCAUCUCCCUGA